AUGGCGUCCAAGCAUGCAUGGAAAGUCGAUCUCGUCCCUUGGGACCACUCGAGUCCGGAACACGUAGAGAGGAUGUAUGACCAGCGUGUGGCCUGCGGGUGGAGGGCAGACGAAGUGGCGUCGUGGGUGGAAUAUGCGAAGAAGGGCGGGAGAAUAUUCUACUGGGUCCUAUUCUCAGAUGCCCUCCCAGAUAGGGAAGUGCUGUUGAAGAAACACGUUGAGGAUUACCCCAAGGAGGCACAACCACUUCGAGAUACUGCACCCGAGAUCCGACUCGUCCCGCGCGAACCGACUGCAAAGGAAUUCAUUCCGAUUGGCCACGUAGCGCUCGACAUCCACAGCGCCGAGGACGACGCGAGCCUGGGUCUGCCGUCGCCCGGAACAGUCUGGAUCCACGGGCUGUACAUAUCGUACGCAUUGCAAGGGGGCGGGUAUGGUACUGGGGCCAUGUCGAAGGUGGAAGCUCUGGCGGCACAGGAGCCCAUGAACGCGACGACGACGGCGUUGGACACGGUGUCGAAAGAGACGGUGGACGAUCCAGAUAUCGUGAGGGCCUUGAAUGAAGAGCUGACGAGCCCGGUGACGUCGAAGGAGGGAUGGUAUAGGCGGCAGGGGUACGAGGUGUACAAGAAGGGCAUUGGCUAUACCUUCCGAACGAAAGCCGGACGCAGUAUAGAUCUGAUCGUCUCUUAUAUGAGAAAAACACUGGGCUGA